AUGGCAGCCUGUGCAGCGACAUGGGCAUUUGGGAUAGACGCGGUAAAAAUUUGCAAAAAUCUCCUGCAAACUGGUGAUUCUUGUCUAGAUGCCGUAGAGAAAUCUAUAAGGAUCCUGGAAGAUGACCCAGCUUAUGGACGGUAUCUAGUGGGGAAGGGAGGUAUGCCCAAUGCUGCAGGAACACUACAGCUGGAUGCUGCUCUCAUGGAGGGCAGUUCACUACAGUAUGGGGGCGUGGCUGCUCUCGAGGGGAUCUCUACCCCCAUCUCAGUGGCUCGGAGAGUGAUGCAGGGGUCGCCACACAGCCUACUAGUGGGACAGGGUGCCCUCGAGUUUGCUAAGAAGUGUGGCUUCACCACUCAGACUAAUGAUCAGCUACUGACAGCUCAGGGAAGGGAAGAGUAUGAAAAAUUCUCUCAUAGAGUACACUAUGAGAGCCUGUUUGAUAAACAUGAUACAUUGGGUGUCAUUGCUCUGGAUAGGCAUGGGCAGAUUGCAGUAGGUGUGUCAUCUAGUGGUGCUCCUUUUAAGGCUGUGGGAAGAGUUGGUGACAGUCCCUUACCAGGAGCAGGGCUCUAUGCAGAUGAUAAAGCAGGAGCUGCCUGUGCCACUGGGGACGGAGAUAAGAUGAUGAGAUUCUGCCCUAGCUUCCAUGUUGUACAACUCAUGAAACAGGGACUGUCCCCCUCAGAAUGCUGUUCCAGUGUUGUAGCAGAGAUGGUAGAGAGACUUGGGGAAGAUCCACCGUUAGAAAUAGGCCUCAUAGCCAUGAAUAUGCAGGGUGAAAUAGGAGCAGGUAGCACUGUUAAAAUCUCCGGAGGGCAUAAUGGAAGUUCAUCUUACAAUGGAUUUGCUUAUGCUGUGUGGCAACAUGAUUGUGAAGACCCCAAGAUACUGGUUCACAGCUGA